AUGAGAUGUAGCAAGACCAGAUCGAGUAGGGCAAGGCAAGGCAAGGCAAGGCAAGGCAAGGCAAGGCAAGGCAAGGCAAGGCAAGGCAAGGCAAGGCAAGGCAAGGCAAGGCAAGGCAAGGCAAAGGCAAAGGCAAGGCAAGGCAAAGGCAAAGGCAAAGGCAAAGGCAAAGGCAAAGGCAAAGGCAAAGGCAAAGGCAAAGGCAAAGGCAAAGGCAAAGGCAAAGGCAAAGCCGGACUGGCUUGGAGAAGAAUGUUCAGAAUCAGGCAAGGUAGGGCAGGAGCAAAAAUGCCGUUUUGUAACGUUAUUUUUCCAAAAUUUUUUAAAAAAUUUUUUUGGGAAAAAAAACCGUUUUUUAUGAGAUAUUGUGCUGUCAGUUGGUCUAGUUUUUAACUGUUUUCCUGAAGCCGGAAUCAGCCUAUGGGUAAUUAAAUUUUAGGGUUGUUGUUUAUUUUCGUCUGGUCUUCUUUUCAUAAACGUAUCCGAAAAAACCGUUUGCAAACGGUUUUUGGACAUUACUCUGCAUAUUUUGCUUGGUAUAUUAUUGUAGGGUAAAGUAAGUAAAAAUUGACUCGUCAUCUGAUAGUAUUAAAAAUUGUCGGCCAAUUCGUUCGUACAUAACAAUUCACUUUCAUAUGCAUUUGAAAAGCUGUGGGCGCGAAAAUAUCAAAAAAUUUGAAAAGUAAAAAAAGUAAUAUUAAAAAGUGGAGUCGAGUCGUACAAUUUUUAUACUGAUGCUCUUUGGUUUUACAAUUUUUUGGGGGAAGGGGGGGGUUUAAAUUUUUAAACUUUUGGCAUUUUUAGCUCAAGUUUAG